AUGUCUUCCGACGAUGCUCCUCUAGCAGCCCAAUUCAAAUCGUCUUCUAACAGCUUCGUCGAUGUCUUCAAGACUUUAGGAGUCGGCCGUCCGAAAUCGCAUUCACCGGUGUCUCUGCAAGCGAACAAUAGCGACCACCCAACAGAUAGUCGAGGAAAUAGCCGGCUUGUGCUCGGGUUUGAAUCAAUGCAUCGUGGCAGCGUUGUGUCGAGCUCUUCGGACACCCCUAGUGGUCCCGAUUUCGAUGCUUCUCUCCGGAUCUUGUCCAACAAGCAAAAUUUAGCUCAGGCAAUAGAAGAAGCAGAGGCGCUGUCAAGAACUAUUCCCUGGUUCAGCGCGGAACAGUCAAUGGUACUGUGGGAGGCUGCGGAGUAUCUCUUACAUCAUGAACAUUCCGGAGAGGCCCAAAGGAGUGGGGGCAAAUUACUGGAAGCGAUCGCAGCCCGUCAGGAUCUAUCACCAUCUUCGAGGCGUGUGAUUUUCGAAGCCAUCACCUGCCCCACCGACCCCGAGUUGGUGGCUUCGCGUGUACAGUCAUUGGUCGCCUUAUCAGAUCACGGUAGAAAGUUGGACUUCACGAGUACCUCUAUUCUCCACAUCAUUGCUUCGUGGGUCAUGCCUCUCUAUGAAACUCUGGCUGCUGCACGCAACAAAGCGAAGAGGGUCAAGGCUGCCAAGCCCAACGAGCUUAGCCACGAUGAAGCGGUCUUGGAAGAGCUCUUCCAGUUUGCGGAGGACUUGAUUACUCUCCAACGCAAGCCACCAUCACAAGAGGAGAUUUCACUACUGCUAACAGAAACCAUUACUGUUUGCAAGAAAACCAGUGUGGCAAGUGAUAUCAAGAACUCUUUGGCAGUGUUUGAGGCUAUAAUUGACUACGCAAAUGUGCCAGAUGCCAGUUUCGUUCCUCUCCUGGAAGUGCUGUGCAGUAUUCAUGCAUCUGUCAAGUCUCUCUCUGGACCAACCUCUCGGACAGUUCGCAGUCUGGCAAAGUCUCGACGACAAGAAGAAAUGGUAAACACCUUACAUUCAUUCAUGAGGGAGUCAUGCGCCAAGGACCAGCCAAGGAAUUUGAAUGUUCUUCGAGGCACCAUUUACGUCUUCUCUGAUCUUGUUCGUGACUACGGUCAAAAUGGAAUGCCUCAAAUUCCUUUUGAUGAAUUGGUUGACUCUCUCUUGGCCAUUGCUCAAAAAGACGAGGGCAAGGUCGAUGCUGAUGUGUUGGACCUAUGUCUAAACAUAUUGGAGGGCAACUUCGUUCGAGUCGCCUUGGCUAGUGACUGGUCGAGCUUUGUCAAGCUUUUGCUCCUAUGUUCUCGGCGAGUCUUCGAUGAAUCUGACGACUCAGUCUCAUCUCCGACUAGUCCGCUGCAACACCCUGUCAAGAACACUCCUGACGAUACCAGAUCAAACAUAAUUGCCAACACAACGCGGAUCGCCUCCGCAAUUGAAGGACUGUGGGAACAGCUCGACAACGAACAAAAACAACAAUCUACUCAAUUCUUGAUGAAAGGAUACGCGCACAUCGAGCCAUCUCAGGCUGAGCUAAUUAUCAACCAUAUGCGACACGACAAGAUCUGCUAUCCAUCGGAAGAUUCGGCUUGGGUGCAGCACUGCCAGGAAUUGAUUGAGCGCUUCAUUCAGCCUCGAAAACAAAGCUCUGAUAUUCGCAUAAUGGCUUUGGAUACGCUGAAAGAAGCUCUUUCCGGCAAUGAGAAGCUACUCUUCACCGAGGAACAUGGCUUGUUGGAUCGACUCCUUCAAGACUUCUCCACGGAACAUGACUUGCUCUUUCUGGAAUCGUUAGUCUCAUUCAUCACGGAACCUGCAACGGAACCUGCAACUCAAGUCAACGAUUCCACGUUCAAACACUUGGUGGACAUCAUCAGCGCUCCUCUGACGAAUGACUGCCACACCAGCGAGCAUCGUGAGACAUCUUCUAAUUAUAACUCCUCUCGUCGCACAUCAACUACCAGCCUUUUGGAGCUGACUUUGUCGAAUGUGUGUGCUGUGAGCCUUGUGAAGAUGAUGCUUCGUGCCCUCAAUCAUUCUGGCACCAAGUCCGUCAUUCUUUUCGAGGCUCUAUUGCAGAUCGCAAAAUCCUCGGAUCGUCCAACAGACUCCCGUCUUACCGUCUUAAAGCUGCUUUUCCGACUUCGGUGUGACUCAGCAGGAUCUGUGACGGUAGUCUCAACAUCGGAGGGUGAUUUCCUGAUGAAUGUUCUAGGUCGCAAUGUUGAUGUCGCCAGUAUGGUACAAUCCUCUGUCGACAGUCCCACGAAGGACGUGUCCCAGGAUGCCUUGCCGCUCUCAGCGAACGCGAAGACCCCCACGAAAGAGCCACCAUCUAGCCUUCCGUCCAAGUCGGCCCCGCGCGGCUCCAUUUCUGCCCGCUCUUCGAAGUUGACAGCCCCAGCAUGGACGCAUUUCUUGCCACAGGUUCUUCCUGAGCAGCCACCAGGAGAGUCCAGUCGCCUGGUUUUCGCCUAUACGAUGGAUGGCGCGUCAGACCUCUCCGAGUCUACGCCGGCCCAGAUUGGUAUUUUGAAAGUGAAUAUGUGGCUUGAAAUUGUGAUUGCUCUACUUCAACGAGAGACCGAUUGGGAUGUCUACAGUUAUCUCCUCACACAUCUUGGGCCUCAGCUUGCCAACAAGGACUUCUUCAACAACUCGAUUCCUCAGGUCAAGCUGCUGCGUAGCAUCUUGUGUGACCAGGUCAAGAAUGAGACAUUCCACGAGCCCCCAGUGACGACUGGCUUGAAAAAGAGCGAUGUGGCCGCUUGCAUCUUCGAUGCUUUGUGCAUGCUGGUCAGCUAUCAUGAACACCUCGCUAAGAGUGAGGAGGAUGACCUUGUCCGGGCCUUCAUGUCCGGUAUCAUCGGUUCUUGGGGCGCGACUUCCCGUGGAUGCAUUCAGGCACUGUCACUCUGCUGUCAUGAGAUCCCCAUGUCGGUUACCAAGUCACUUAUGAGCAUACUAGACAGGAUGGCUAAAAUUAUAACUAUGUCGAACAUUGCCGUUCAUAUCUUGGAGUUCUUGGCUCUGCUUGCACGUCUUCCUGAGGUCUAUGUCAACUUGCGAGAAGAAGAGAUUCGCACCGUGUUUGGAAUAUGCAUUCGAUUCCUACAGACCUCCCGGGAGCAACGGUACAAAAGCUCUGACUCGCCUUUGGUUCGGCCUACUCAGAACCCAUCAGCAAGAUCUAGUGUUGGUUCACGGGAACAUGCCGAAGCCACUGAGCUCCCGACGCAAGAUGUCAUGUCAAGCUAUGUCAUGACCUUGACAUAUAACGUGAUGGUCUUCUGGUUCUUGUCUCUGAAGCUGCAGGAUCGCGCAAGACAUGUCAAUUGGAUCACCAGCCGUCUCAUCUUCCGCGAUGACAACGGAAAGGAGGUUGUCGAGGAGCAAAGCCAGGUUUUCAUCGACCUGAUGCAACGCGUUGCAUUUUCCGAUCUCGGCGAGACUAUCCCAUUCGAGACCUUCCCUCCCACUCCAGAAGAUGGGCCCGUGUCAAAGAAAUCUUGGGCUGUGGGCAUGAGUCUCGUCACCGUUGAAACAGCCGGUGUAUCUGGACUGACGCAGAUCACGAAGCGCCAAGCCUCCGGCACAACAUACUCGGUAUAUCAGCAGCGAACAGCCCCUGUACUCCCACAUCAGGUUCCUGCAAAUGUAGAUGCUCACCUGCACUCUGAUUCUAUGCGCACGGCAAUUCUACCGAGCCACAUCAUGCUGCAGAUGACUGCGACUGCCUUCCCCACUCCGACUGUGAUGCAGCCCAUUCCGAUCCCCGAAGAUGACAUUACUCGACGAGCAAUUAGCAGCUUUGAUCGUACCGAUAUUGUCGACGGGCACAAGAUCGGCGUUGUUUAUGUUGAUAAUGGUCAGAGCCAAGAAGCCGAAAUUUUGGCCAACACUGGAGGCUCCGCAGACUAUGAGCACUUCCUCUCCGGGCUCGGAUUCAAGGUGUCGCUUCGAGACGCCCAAUUCAACACCCAGGGUCUAUACGCUGAUACCGACGGAGAGGCCACUUAUGCUUGGCGUGACCGAGUGACGGAGAUCGUGUACCACGUCGCGACAAUGAUGCCUACUGAUUUCGACCGCGAUCCUACCUGCAUCAACAAGAAGCGAAAUAUUGGUAACAACUUUGUCACCAUCGUGUUUAAUCGUUCCAACCUCCCUUUCAACUUCGACACGAUCCCGUCCCAAUUCAACUCCAUCAACAUUGUCAUUACACCCUCGAGUAAUAUCGCAUACGAUGAGUCCGGCUUUGUCAAGGGAGAAACCGAUCCUGAUCAGCUUUACUACAGUGUGCAGGUGAUGAGCAAACCGGGCUUCCCUGAUGUCUCACCUGCUGCAACGCCCAAGGUGAUCUCAGGCAGAAACCUGGCGCCAUUUGUUAGGAUCCUCGCUCUCAACGCGUCGGUGUUCUCUCUCGUUUACAACACCGAGGGUGGCGAGCAUGCAUCUUCCUGGCGCACCCGUCUGCGCGAGAUCAAAAAGGUUCGCGAACGUGCAUUGGCUGCCCAAGCCCAAGGCUCGGAGGCUCCAGAGGGAGCCUACCCAGGCCUGCGUCGCAACACGAAAGCCAGUAUCUUCUCCGAAGAAACGCCUAUCCGCGCUCCUUCCUUCAAGACCGACUCCAUCUCGGAAUGGACCGCGGCCUCGGAUACAAAUAUUCUUCAGAACCUUGACUUCUCCCGCUGGAGCCGUUAG